AUGGGGGAUCAUCUGAUGAGAGCGGAGGAUUUCGAGAAGAAAGCUGAGAAGAAGCUCAACGGCUGGGGAUUAUUCGGAUCUAAGUAUGAGGAUGCUGCCGAUCUGCUCGAGAAAGCUGCUAAUUCCUACAAGCUUGCCAAAUCAUGGGAUCAAGCUGGAAAAGCUUAUCUGAAACUCGCCGACUGUCACUUGAAGUCAGACAGCAAACACGAUGCUGCUAACGCCUAUGCCGAAGCUGCUAAAUGCUACAAGAAAGUUGACACAAAUGAGGCUGCAUCUUGCCUAGAGAGAGCAGUGAACAUAUUCUGCGAGAUAGGAAGGCUAAACAUGGCUGCCAGAUAUUACAAGGAAAUUGCUGAGUAUUAUGAAGCCGAUCAGAAGAUCGACCAGGCUGUUACUUACUUUGAAAAGGCAGCUGAGUUCUUUCAAAAUGAAGAAGUGACCACUUCUGCAAACCAGUGCAAUCUCAAAGUCGCACAAUAUGCUGCCCAGUUGGAGAAAUAUGAUAAGGCAAUCAAGAUUUAUGAAGAAAUAGCAAACCAUUCGCUCAACAACAACUUGCUCAAGUAUGGAGUUAAGGGCCACCUUCUCAAUGCUGGCAUGUGCCACCUAUGCAAAGCCGAUGUUGUUUCCAUCACUAAUGCGCUGGAGAAAUAUCAGGAUUUGGAUCCGACAUUUACAGGAACACGAGAAUGCAAGUUCUUAGGGGACCUUGCUGCUGCUAUUGAUGAAGAAGACAUUGCAAACUUCACAGAUGUUGUCAAGGAAUUUGAUAGCAUGACUCCGCUGGAUUCAUGGAAGACAACCAUGUUACUAAGGGUGAAGGAGAAGCUGAAGGCCAAGGAGCUUGAGGAGGAUGAUCUUACCUAA